AUGACAUGUGGCGGGCGUGGUGACUACGGCGUUAUUUCACGGCUGCGCGCGCGCAAUCAGCUAAACAAAACCGACAUCGGUAAGAAAGAGGCAUUUAAAAUAAUGAUAAGAUCGCCCGCCGCCACUGAUCCCAAAAUCAAUAUCGGGGAUCAGGCAAUUGUCCAGGGAAGAACAAUUCGAGCUGAUAAUACCGAUAGUAUGGCAAAGCUAGAG